AUGAGUAAUAUUCAGACCGAUUCUAGCUCAACUAGGAAUUUGGAUACUCCUGGAACAGACUCUGAAAUGAUUAGGUGGUCACCACCCCCUUUUGAUAGGGUUAAAAUUAACUUUGAUGGCUCAGUCUGGAGGAACUCUGCAGCUAGAGGAUUCGUAAUCCGAACCCCUAAUGGUAAUCCACUUGUUGCAGCUUCUUCUAAUUUUGGAAUUACCACAAUCUCAGUUGCAGAAGCUCUUUCACUCCGAAACAGCCUCAUUUGUGCCAAGGAGAGAGGCUUGUCCAGAGUGGAGGUUGAAGGAGAUUCGAAACUUGUCAUCGAUGCAGUGAAUGGCAUUGCUGCUUCACCUUGGAGGAUCCUCAAGCUAGUUCAAGAAAUUAGAUCUAAUGCUGUCGCAAAUGUUGGCCACAAAGUAGGAGAUGUUCGCUUUUGGGAGGAGUGUGUUCCUCCGGAAGCUAGCCUAGCGCUGUCUUUUGACUAUGUAAACCGCGGUUAUCCCUUUAUCCGCGCCUUCGACGACUCGUCGACCUCCGCCACCGUUUCGGCUAAAAUCGACGCCGCCGAGAAUGCCAAGGCCACGACGGACAAGGACUAUCCGGGCGGUGAGUUUCAGUUUCGGGAGGCAAGCGCGUGGAGGAGCUUCGUCGUUAAGCUUCGGAUGCUCUUCGCUUGUCCUUGGGAGCGGGUCAAGAAGGGAAGCGUCUUGACCAUGACAUUGCGGGGCCAGAUAACUGAUCAGGUACUCACUAAAUUGUUUUGA